AUGAAGUCACCUAACGAGGGGCUCACCAAUCACUACAAGAAAGCGCACCGCUUGCUGGAAGAGCUCCAGGCAAGGCCUGAAGUCGAGCUCCUCUGUAUGCUGGCUCUGACGGUGGGCAUGACAUCAGACAUGGUCGUGUACAAUGUGCCCAGGGGAAGAGGCCAGGACGAAGUCGUCGGUUUCGCCAUAGCCGGCAAGAAGGUAAAGCAGAAGAGGGGAGGGACGCGGGCGGCUCUGCUGGCAAUACGGAUGCUGUGGUUCCUCGAGCCGGACCGGUUCACGUGGAACAAGGCCCAGGGGCCGGAGAAGAAGCAGAGGAGGAGACGAUGUACAGCACGCAGUACGUGCGUGAGACGACAGACCAAUACAAGAUAA